ACUUCAUUAUAGACGAGGAAUCUUUGUUCGCAACUAUUUAUAUAUUGAAGAAUCCUGAGAGAAAUUUCAUCAUACGAAGUGUAAUUGAUAAAAUAACAGGCAUCUUAAUCAAUGUUUAAAGCGAUAGCAUUGAUAAGGAAAAACAUAGGAUGUAUUCAUCUGCCCUCAGUCAGCUAUAGGAACACUUUUAUUUCUUUACAAAAUAUGAGUACUGUAAUACAAAAUAAUCCAAUAGAACUUUCAAUUAGGAAGAAGUUAACAGAUUCUUUAAAUCCAUCUUAUGUUGAAAUAAUUAAUGAAUCUUAUAUGCAUAAUGUUCCUAAAGGAUCUGAAACACAUUUCAAAGUAAUUGUUGUGUCUGAUGUGUUCAAAGAUAAACCACUUCUCAAGCGCCAUCAAAUAAUAAAUAAGUUAUUGGAAGCAGAGUUAGAAGGUGGGGUGCAUGCAUUAUCAAUAGUAGCAAAAACAGCUGAGCAAUGGGAAGACAACAGUAAAAUAACUCCAAGUCCAGCUUGUAGGGGUGGUUUCGGAAAAUAAUUGCUUAAACUCUAAUAGUGAAAUUAUGUUCAUGCUCAAAUAAUGUGUAACACUCUAAAUUAAAUAUAUUCUUCAAUAGCAAAUUGACGAAUUCAAAUUAAUGUGUAUUGUAAAAGAUAUUUAAUCAAAAUCGAAUUAAAAAUAAAAAAGAAAUAAAAAGUA